AUGAAUCUCAAGCGCAUUGCCCAAGAACUCACGAUCCUCCAACACAACCCCACAGACAUAUUCUCCGCAGGUCCAGCUGAGACGGGCAACCCGCUAGAAUGGGUAGGAUACAUUAUGGGUCCCCCAGACACUCCAUUUGAACGAGAAAAGUUCGCGUUCGCCAUCGCUUUUCCAGAGAAUUACCCCGCAAAACCCUUUCGACUUAAUUUUACGACUCCAAUCUCGCAUCCUAAUGUUUCUGACGAGGGGGUUGUGCAGAUGGCAGAACUGGGGGAAGAGUGGUCGCCGGUGCAGACUGUUCGCACUAUUUUGAUUUGUUUGCAGGUUUUGUUGACAGAACCGGAUCUUUCUACGCCAUACGAUUGA